GAGCCCGCCCUCCUGGCCGGGCUUUGGGGUGGGCGGCCCCGCUGGCUGCCGGCGGUGGUAGCUGCUGCUGCAGCGCUAGCCGCGCGCACACCCUGGGUCAGACGCACCCAGCGCCUCCUCCCUGCACCACCAGGAUGGAGCAGCCGCCUCGGCCUGGCACUGGCGCAAGGUACCCAAGCAAGAAGGACAGAAACAAUGAAGAGGCACGCGUGUUAGCGGCAACCUUUUGAACCACACAGGAGAGAAGGCAGCAGUGUGGCCAAGACCAGAACAAUUGCAACCUUUGGUGGAGUGAAUGAGGAAUGGGCUUGUGAUUAUGCGGACAUUCCAGCAUGAAUCUGGUAGACCUGUGGUUAACUCGUUCCCUCCCCAUGUGUCUCCUCCUCCAAAGUUUUGUCCUUAUGAUACUGUGCUUCCAUUCUGCCAGUAUGUGUCCCAAGGGCUGUCUUUGUUCUUCCUCUGGGGGUUUAAAUGUCACCUGCAGCAAUGCAAAUCUCAAGGAAAUACCUAGAGAUCUUCCUCCAGAAACAGUUUUAUUGUACCUGGACUCCAAUCAGAUCACGUCCAUCCCCAAUGAGAUUUUUAAGGACCUCCAUCAACUCAAAGUUCUCAACUUGUCCAAGAAUGGCAUUGAGUUUAUCGAUGAACAUGCCUUCAAAGGAGUGGCCGAAACCUUGCAGACUCUGGACUUGUCCGACAACCGGAUUCAAAGCGUGCACAAAAACGCCUUCAAUAACCUGAAGGCCAGGGCCAGAAUUGCCAACAACCCCUGGCACUGUGACUGCACUCUCCAGCAAGUUCUGAGGAGCAUGGCGUCCAAUCAUGAGACAGCGCACAACGUCAUCUGUAAGACUUCGGUGUUGGAUGAACACGCCGGGAGGCCAUUCCUCAAUGCUGCCAACGAUGCCGACCUUUGUAACCUCCCAAAAAAAACUACCGACUACGCCAUGUUGGUCACUAUGUUUGGCUGGUUCACCAUGGUGAUCUCGUACGUGGUAUAUUACGUCAGGCAAAAUCAGGAGGAUGCGCGCAGACACCUUGAAUACUUGAAAUCCCUGCCAAGCAGGCAAAAGAAAGCAGAUGAACCUGAUGACAUUAGCACUGUGGUAUAAUGUUCGAACGGACUGGCCUUGACAAAGAAAGUAACUUGUGAUGCAGUAGAAUAAGUGGUUGACUUCUUCCACUCAUUGUGAACAUUUAAGACUUUGUAUUUUAGUUCCUUUUUGAAUUUUGCCAUUGUUCCACUUUAACAGGCUUUACAACCUAAGGAACCGUUUUAGUUUAGGUGAUCCAUCCUUUCAUUGUACCCCUGGUGGUUUAUUCCUGAGCAAUCUACUCUCUGAACAUUAGUUAGUUCCAUCUACUAUUUAAUAAUGAAAUUUAUUUUUUUAAUUUAAAACCAAAUAAAACUCAACUUUGAACCAUGGAAAA